GUCUCCAUGGCGACCGCGUUGGCUGGGCGGCCUCCAUUGUCGGGCUGCUGCUCUCAGCGGCGGGGCUCGCCAGCGCUCCAGUGGGCGGGGGUGCGGCAGGUGAGACGGGGCGGGUACGGCCAGCUCGCUGAGCCCUCGAGGCGGGCGGCGGCAGGAAGGUGGUGCCUCGGCCCCUCGUGCCCUGUCGCCUAGCUCCAGCCGCGAUGCUGACCGCAAAGGCUGCCCUUCUGAGGCCUGGAAUGUGAGGCCCAGAGCGUCGGAUCCAACUCAGCCUCGCCCGGAUGGGGAAAUCGAGGCAGGGAGCGGGGCUGGGCGUGCGUGGGGAUCCCUUGAAGGCAGCCUCGGAAACCCCACGGAGCCUGCGCUGCCUGGGCCCUGUGUGAGUCCAGGCUGUUGUUUCACUUCUGGUUUUAAGAUACUUUCCCUGUUCUGAGGUUUGAAGCCUCCCCUCCUCUGUUUUAAGUUCCGUGAUUCGGAGAAAACAAGUGAACUGACCGUGAAAAAGCCCGCGGGCUUCCAUGGAAUGCAGGCUGCCUGGGGUUGAACCCUGCUGGGUCCCGGUGUCGCCUCUACCCCCCAAUUAACUGCGCCCCUGGAGCAGUUCCCUAACUGAUCUGCGCCUCAUAUGCCAAUCAUUGGGCUGUUGAGUGACUUGAAUUAGGUGAACUGAUGCAUUCCAACGUUGAUUCUUAUUGCCGAAUAAAUUGUUUGGAAAUUGCAAGUGGAAGUGUGCCUCGCUGAAUGAGAUUUUGGUGAACAAUACUUCUGAGUAAAAGUGUUGCUGGACAACGAAAAUUCGAGAUUAAUUUAACAGGUUUUUCCCCGGUGCUUAACUGGGUGUUAGCCAGACUUAGUUCUGGUCACUGGGUCAAAAUGGUAAACAAAAGACAGGCUUCCUGGCCUCAAGAAACUAAAAACAUAGUUCAAAUGGCACAGAACCACACCAGAGGUGACUCCAGACCAAGGAGGAUGAGCUGCUGUCCCUGGAAGAGAACGAAUGGAGGAAAGCAGCUCCUACGAAGUUCCCUCUGUGGCUGCUGCUGAUCUGGAGGAGGGUGCUGGUCAGACUAGGAGCUUGCCUGCCACCCCCUCCAAAGAUGUUCACAAGGGUGUUGGAGGCAUCAUCUUUUCCUCCUCACCGAUUUUAGACUUGAGUGAAAGUGGUCUGUGCCGUUUGGAGGAGGUCUUUAGAAUCCCCAGCCUUCAACAAUUGCAUCUGCAAAGGAAUGCCCUGUGUGUGAUUCCUCAAGAUUUCUUUCAGUUGCUUCCGAACCUGACUUGGCUGGACCUCCGGUGCAAUAGAAUUAAAGCGCUUCCUUCUGGGAUUGGAGCUCACAAGCAUUUGAAAACUUUGCUUUUAGAAAGAAAUCCUAUCAAAAUGUUACCUGUGGAGCUGGGGAGCGUAACCACGCUGAAAGCACUGAACCUAAGACACUGCCCUCUGGAAUUCCCUCCUCAGCUCGUUGUGCAGAAGGGAUUGGUGGCUAUCCAGCGCUUCCUGCGGGUGUGGGCAGUAGAACACUCUUUCCCCAGAAAUCCAACUUCUCAAGAGGCUCCACCGGUUAGAGAGAUGACCCUCUGUGACCUCUCGAGCCCAGGACUGGAGUUGUCUGGAGACCACGCGUCUAACCAAGGAGCUGUGAAUGCUCAGGACCCAGAGGGGGCUGUGAUGAAAGAGAAGGCCGGCUUUCUCCCGCCUGUGGAAAAGCCAGACCUGAGUGAACUCAGGAAGUCUGCCGACUCCUCAGAGAACUGGCCCAGCGAGGAGGAGAUCAGGCGCUUUUGGAAGCUGAGGCAGGAGAUUGUUGAGCACGUGAAGGCAGACGUUCUGGGAGAUCAGCUCUUGACGAGGGAAUUACCUCCAAAUCUCAAGGCGACCUUGAACAUUGAGAAAGAACUACCAAAGCCAAGACACGUUUUCAGAAGGAAGACAGCCUCGUCCAGGAGCAUCUUACCCGACCUCUUGUCGCCGUACCAAAUCGCGAUCCGAGCAAAAAGACUGGAAGAGAGCCGAGCGGCAGCGCUCCGAGAGCUCCAGGAGAAGCAGGCUCUGAUGGAGCAGCAGAGACGAGAGAAAAGGGCACUGCAGGAGUGGAGAGAGCGAGCCCAGAGGAUGAGGAAGAGGAAGGAAGAGCUCAGCAAACUCCUGCCUCUGCGGAGGAGCAUGGUGGCAUCAAAGACUCCCUCUGCCACAGAUCUGAUAGAUAACGGGAAAGUACCACUGAAUCCAGCUGGAAAAAUGAAACCAAGCAAAGAGAAAUCACCACAAGCAAGUAAAGAAACGCGUGCCCUGCAGGAGAGAAAUUUAGAAGAGAAGAUAAAACAGCACGUCCCCCAAAUGCAUGAGCAAAGAAGAUUCCAUGGCCAGGCCCCACUGGAGGAGAUGAGGAAGGCUGCCGAGGAUCUGGAAAUUGCUGGAGUGCGGUGGCACAAUCUCGGCUCCCUGCAGCCUCCACCUCCCAGGUUCAAGCGAUUCUCCUGCCUCAGCCUCCCGAGUAGCUGGGACAAGUGUACACCACCAUGCCCGGCUAAUUUUUGUAUUUUUAAUAGAGAUAGGGUUUUGCCAUGUUGGCCAGCCUUGUCUCAAACUCCUGGCCUCAAGUGAUCUACCUGCCUUGGCCUCCCAAAUUGCUGGGCCACUGUGCACAGCCUAAAACAUUGUUUUAUUAAAAAUAAAGAGAACUCACUGUGCCUCUUCAGAGCAUGCGCUCUCUAAAACCGUGGGACUGUGUGGAAUGUGUCUUAUGAGGUGUAGAAAUUCCCAGAAUUACAAUUGGUCACAUGAGAAGGAAAACAUUUCAGCCGAGGGGCUGAGCCCUCAAAUGUGCCAGGCCACAUGGCGGGCCUUGGCAUCUCAGCACUGGGAAUCUGAUGGCAGGAGUGGCAGCCUGCUGACAGGGACCGGGAACCAGUCCUCUCCACAUGUCUGUGGGGUCCUUGCUUGAGGUUUUGCACCCAGCUGAUCCAGGCUGUGGGCCCGGGGCUGGGCCAUGAGGGGCGUCACUGCAGAGAGGGGUCUGGCUGAGGCCACCGGACCAUGGCUGACACGCUCGGUGUCUAUGUAGGGAGGCCGAUAUUCAUGGGGAUCCGAGGCCUCCUGACCAGGAGCCUCCUAAGCAGAACUGCUCACGGAAGUGGCUCCUAUAUAUUUGGAAUGUUAACCAUCCUCUCAGCCACCGCCAGUGCUGUUUAUUCACUCAGCAUACACUGAUGCCCACCUCCUAGUACUUGGAGUAUCCUGGGCUGUGGGAGAGACGCAGGAAUGAAGGAAAGUGCUUUGCUGCCCGAACUGCUGCCUGGCCAGCCCAUCCAGCUGUAGAAGGACACAGCUGCUGUCCCUGGCAGUGAACCUGGAUACCCGUGUCCCCACCCUUCCUGCAGCCAUAAGGAUUCUGGCCUGUCCUCUCAGGCUACCCAAGGCCCCUGGCUGGUGGCCUCUUCCAGAGCCAGAGAUGGGAGAGAGGAGGCAUGAGGGCAGGAUGUGGAGCCACUUCAUGGAGACCCCACCCAACCUGACUCGGACCCCACUUCUGAGACUCUUUUCCUCCUCAGCCCAAGGAGUUUGUAUCUGCCUUUAGAUAAACUCUUAUUCUUUCUAAA